AUGAGGUCACGAGAAGCACCAUGGCGCAUCCUGCUCGUGCUCGUGGCCCUCUGGGCCUCGAUGGCCCUCGCCAAGGAUGCGCCUAGCAUGGCCGUCAACGCCUUCAAGCACCCGCCCUUGUUCCUCAGCUACUUCGAGGACAGCAACGUCAUCGUCUUCCACGACGUCGAGGAGGGCAACAUCUACCGCUCCAGCGACGCCGGCGUCAAGUGGGAUCGCGUCGGCGGCAUCCCCGAAGGAAAGUCGGUCGUCCUCGUCAUGCACGCGGCCGAUCCCUCGACCGCCUUCGUCCUGACGGCGAGCGACACCCACUACAAGACCGAGGACCGCGGCGAGACGUGGAAGAAGUUCGAGACGCACUCGCUGGCAAGCAAAUUCCAGGCCGAGGUGCUCAUCUUCCACGCCGACGACCCGAACCGAAUCAUCUUCAACGGCAUGGACUGCAAAGGCAUCUUCUGCGCCGAGCAGGCCAUGUACACGACCGACGGCUUCAAGACCAUCAAGCAGCUGCGCUCCCACACCGUCGGUUGCUGGUGGGCCAAGUCGGCCAAGCACUUCACCACCGGCGACGCCGAGCUCGACAAGUCGAGGACUCUCUGCAUCGUCAAGGAUCCCUUCUCCUUCUUCCGCGCCGACCAGCGGCUACUCGUCUCCGACAGCUACUUCGCCGUCGUCGACGGCCAGGUGCAGGAGUUUGAGCCCAACGUCGACUCGAGCAGGGGCGUGUCCGGCGUCAUGAACCUCGCCAGCGUCAAGAAGUACCUCCUCGUCGCCACCUCGUCGGCCCACAGCGACGAGAUGGCCCUCUACGUCACCGACGACACCCUCCGGUGGCACCGCGCCGAGUUCCCCAAGGACGACAGCCACGACCACUCCCACCGCAUCAGCCAGGGGGCCUACACCGUCCUCGAGAGCACCAACUACAGCAUCCAGAUCGACGUCAUGACGGCCCAGCCCUCGAACCCCAUGGGCGUCCUCUUCACGAGCAACUCCAACGGCACCUACUUCACCGAGAACAUCCCCUACACGAACCGCAACGCCAAGGGUCACGUCGACUUCGAGAAGAUCUCGGGCAUCCAGGGAAUCUUCCUCGUCAACGUCGUCGACAACGGCCAAGACGUCCAGAAGAAGGGCAAGGACGACAAGGCCGUCGUCUCCAAGAUCACCUUUGACGACGGCAGAACCUUCCACGAGGUCAAGGCCGGCGGCAAGCGGCUGCACCUCCACUCCAUCACCGAGCUCGACAACGUCGGCCGCGUCUUCUCGAGCCCCGCGCCCGGCCUCGUCAUGGGCAACGGAAACACGGGCAAGUUCCUCGAAAAGUUCGUCGACGCCGACCUCUACGUCUCCGACGACGCCGGCCUCCACUGGAAGAAGGCGCUCGACGGCCCCCACAAGUACGAGUUUGGCGACUCGGGCUCCGUCCUCGUCGCCGUCAAGGACUCCAAGAAGGAGGACGUCGCCGAGAUCUCCUACUCCCUGAACCACGGCGAGGACUGGAAGACGGUGCCGCUCCCCGACGGCCUGGCCGUCAAGCCCCACGUCCUCACGACGACGCAGGAUUCCACGAGCCUCAAGUUCCUGCUCAUCGGCGAGAAGAAGACGGAGUAUCAGAUCGUCACCAUCGACUUCGAAGGCCUCAACGAGCGCACCUGCGAAGCCGAGGACAUGGAGGACUGGCACGCUCGGGUGGACGACGACGGAAAGCCCAGCUGCAUCAUGGGUCACAAGCAGACGUACCGCCGCCGCAAGAAGUCGGCCGACUGCUUCGUCAAGCACGAGUUCAAGGACCCCGUCCCCCAGACGGAGGACUGCGAGUGCUCCGACGCCGACUUCGAAUGCGACUUCAACUUCCGCCGCGACCCCGACGACCACGCCAAGUGCAUCAAGGCCGGCCCCGUGGUGGUGCCCGACGGCGCCUGCAAGGACGGCGCCGACGCGACCUACAAGGGCUCCAGCGGCUGGCGUCUCAUCCCCGGGGACACGUGCAAGAGGGGCCAAGGCAAGCAGAAGGACGACCUCGUCGAGAGGAAGUGUUCCGAGGGCGCGUCCAAGCCUCGCCCUCCGGCGAGCGACAAGGUGACGAGCACGCCCUUCACCUUCGACUCGAAGCUCAACGACUUUGAAAUGAUCUAUCUCGAACGGAGCGGCUCGAGCGCGUCGACGGACGAGACGGUCAUCGUCCGCCCCGUCCAGUACAGGGGCGACGGGCUCAUGGUGGUCGAGUACAAGCUCUGGGUCUCCCACGACCACGGCAAGGAGUGGGAGCGCAUCCUCGAGGGCGAGAAGAUCGAAGGCAUCUACCCCCACCAGCACUUCACCGACGUCGUCUUCUUCACGACCAAGACCGACGUCGUCAUCUACAGCAUCGAUCGCGGCCACACCUUCCACAAGUUCAAGGCGCCCUCGACGCCCAACCCGGGCAGUUCCCCUCUCGGCUUUCACCCGGACAAGAAGGACUGGCUCAUCUGGGUGGGCGUGAAGUGCGAGGAGGUCGGCAAGAGCGAUUCGUGCUUCAAGGAGGCCUCCAUCUCGACCGACCGCGGCGACAGCUGGAAGACGAUGCACCGCUACGCCGAGAAGUGCGAGUUCACGGGCAACUCGGCCUACCCGUACCGCAGCCAGCGGCAGAUCGUCUGCCUCGUGAGGAAGGAGGAGAAGAACGACAGCCCGCUGACGGUCACGACGAGUGACGACUUCUUCGAGGCCGACAGGACGAGGUUCGACGGCGACGUGGCCAACUUCGCCACCAUGAGCGAGUUCAUCGUCCUGGCCACCAAGGACGACAAGUCGGACGACAUGCGCGCGCUCGCGAGCCUCGACGGCAAGAAGUUCGACCAGACGCACUACCCGCCCAACUUCCGCGAGGGCCACGAGAACCAGUACACGCUGCUCGACAGCUCGACGCACGCCAUCAACCUGUUUGUGCGGACCGAGGGAGGCGCCGACCGCCAGUACGGCUCCAUCAUCAAGAGCAACUCCAACGGCACGAGCUACGUGCUCAGCGCGUCCAACGUCAACUGCGACGACCAGCCCUACGUCGACUUCGAGAAGGUCUCGGGCCUCGAGGGCGUCGUCCUCAUCAACGUCGUGACAAACACGGAGAAGAAGGAGAAGACCAAGAUCCUGCAGACCAAGAUCUCCCACACCGACGGUUCCGAAUGGGCCCACCUGGCGCCCCCGGCCAAGGACGUCGACGGCAAGGUCUACCCCUGCAGCAGCGCCAGGGGCGACAAGUCGUGCGCCCUUCACCUCCACCACUACACCGAGCGCGACGACAAGCGCAAGACGUUUGCCGCCGACACGGCCAUCGGCCUCAUCUUCGGCAUCGGCAACGUCGGCCCGAGCCUCGGCGACAUCAAGGACGCCGACACCUUCCACUCGACCGACGGCGGCGUGACCUGGUCCAACACGAAGAAGGGCCACUGGACCUGGCAGUACGGCGACCAGGGCUCGGUCAUCGUGCUCGUCCAGCGGGCGACGCGCGCGAACCCGGUCAAGACCAAGAUGGUCUCGUACUCGCUCGACCAGGGCAAGACUUGGCACGACCACGAGUUCACCGACAGCGAGGUGACGGUGCUGGACAUCACGACGCUCAAGUCGGGCACCUCCCGGAACUUCCUCGUGUGGUGCAAGCCGAGCAGCGGCCAGAGCUUCUCGGUCAACCUCGACUUCACCGGCCUGGCGGACAAGGCGUGCAAGUUCGACAAGGACUCGCCCUCGGAGAGCGACUACGACCUGUGGUCGCCGAAGCAUCCGCUCCAGGACGACGACUGCCUGUUCGGCCACGUCGCGAGGUACCUCCGGAAGAAGCCGGAUCGCAAGUGCUUCAACGAGCAGAGCCUGCAGAGGCUCUACGAUCACACCGACUGCCAGUGCAGCCGUCGCGACUACGAAUGCGCCUACAACUUUGAGCUCGACGGCCACGGGCAGUGCAACCUCGUCGCCGGCCUCGACCCCCUGUCAGGGAAGGAGUGGUGCGCCCAACACAAGAACGAGACGUCCUGGUUCGAGCCUACGGGGUACCGCCGGGUGCCCCUGUCGACGUGCAAGGGCGGCAACGAGCUGGACAAGACGUCGACGGAGCAUCCCUGCGACGGCCACGAGGAGCAGUUCGAGAAGAGCCACCGCACGUCGGGGCUGGUCAUCUUCUUCGCCGUCGUCAUCCCCUUCGCCAUUGCCGGCGCCAUCGGCUGGUACGUCUUCCGCAACUGGGACGGCAAGUUUGGCCAGAUCAGGCUCGGCGACCAGUCGGCGACGUUCGACAGCGACCGGCCCUGGGUCAAGUACCCCGUCAUCGCCGUCUCGGCCGUCGGCGCCGUGCUCGUGGCCCUCCCCGUCAUCGCCACGAGCCUCUGGAGGUCGGUGGCGAGUUCGUACGAGAGGCUCGGCAGCCGCCGCGGCCGGAGCUGGUUCUCGAACGGCCCACGAGCCUUCACCACCCGCAGCAGCUUUUCACGCGGCGACUAUGUCGCCGUCGCCGACGACGAAGGCGAGCUGCUGGGCGACGACAGCGACGAAGAGGUAUGA